UCUCUCUCCACGUGUCUCCUGCACUUCUCCCCUUCCCCCACCCGUGGUGUUUCCCCUGUCUCUCUCAUCUCUCUCCACGUGUCUCCUGCACUUCUCCCCGUGGUGUCUCCCCCGUGCCUUCGCUUCCCCUGUCCGCUUCCCUCCCUUUCCUGCCCAUUUCCACCUCCCUCGUUCCUCAAAACCGCCGCGGCCGACCGGCCCGGCGCGACCGGCAAAAAACCGCGACGCCAAAACCAAAACGUAACUAAACGCGCGCAAAAACUCGCACGAAGGCCCGCCGGCGGCCGCGCCGUCCUGAGCGGGGAGGCCCUGCGGGCGGCGGCGGCGGCGCACCCCCACACUCCCCCGCCGCACAUCGUCGGCGUGGGCGCGAUGCUGGGCGGGGGCGCCAGCGUCGCCCUGGCGCAGUACAACACGCCCGUCCUGCUGUACUCGCGGGACGCCAUUGCCAACGCUGUCGCCGGGCAGGCCCGGGCCAUGGGCUCCGAGAUCGCCGGCGGCCCGCCCAAGGAGGUGGUGGUGGACACGAGCACGCCGGUGUUCCAGGCGGUGGCGCGCCGGGAGGCGACGGCGCGUGGCGACGGCCCCAGCACUGCCGACGAGGACUGGGCCAACAAGAACAGCACGGCGCAGUCGCGCUCCUUCAAGAUCCUCGCGCAGAUCACCGGCACGCACGACGAGGAGGCUGGUGAACUGGAGCCCGUGGAAAUGACCAGCCACAGCCGCUCCUCCCGCGCAAAGAAGCACAGGUCGCGCAAAUCCCGGGCCAACUACGCCAGCAGCAGCGACGCGGACGAUCGGAAACCGCCGCGGAACUCGAGGAAGGGCGACGUUCCCGUCAACGGGCCCCGGGCCCCCGACAGCGGCAACGCCGCCAGCGCCAAGCGGUCGCGCGUCGCCAACAAGGGGCACUCGGUGCGCUUCGAGGAGAACAGCAAGGGAUCCGUCGUGGACGCGGCAAGCACCGGAGCGCAGAAACAGCAGCAGCAGCAACAGCAGCAGCAACAGCAGCAGCAGAAGGCGCCGAAAGAGAAGCCCAAUGGGCCUGUGACGAAGCCUGUGGCCUACCCUCGUCGCGCGAACUCGUCCGUGUCCGCGUCCCCGAUCCGGCACGUGGAGCCGUCGCGCCGCCGCUCGUCGGCAGGCUCCUCGCUGUCGGCCUGGGGGGGGGCUGCCCCCCCCUCCUACUCCUUCUUCUUGUCGUUGGGCGCCAAGCCGUCGGUCGCGUACCCCUUCUCUCCCGCGGCCUCGCCCCCGUCACGUUCCUCCACACCUGCUCCUCCUUCUCCUCCUGCUGCUGUUCUACCUCCACCUCCUCCUCCUCUUCUACUUCCUGGUGAUGGAGCAUCUCUGGCUCCCAGGAGCCUUGUGGGCGCUGCCCCGCAAUGCUCCCCUUCCUCCUUCUCCGCAGCCACGCAACCUCGCUCCCUCGCUUCCUCCAACUCCCCCGUGAGCUGGACGGCACAGAGCUCCACCGUAAGGACAAACUCGUCGGUUUCAUCUCGAGCCGUGACUGGCUCGCAGCUGGCUAGCGCACGUGCUACGAUCCGGGCUGCCCUGUCCGGCCAGAGCGGGCUUCCCAAUGGGCCUCCUUCGCCACCACGGCCCCAGUCGGCGCUCGAAGCGCUUCAUCUCUCGCCGUCGUUUGGGCCUCCGCGAGUUCUGCCCAGACCCACCGCUCGGUCGCCACGUUUCGGUGCCCACACCGCUGGGCCCAGCAGGGACGAGCCUGUUCCCGUCGCCACGGCGACCAUGUCGGUGAAGACGUCGACUCGGAAGCCCCCCGGGACUACGACGGGGCCCCCCAAACCGACGGCCGAGCCCAUGGGCCCCCCACCGCCCUCCGUCAAGGCGCACACCGCUCCGCCGCAGGUCGUUAAAACCGCAGGGCUGUCGUGGACGCCCAACGGGGCCUCGGGCCGCCCCCCCCCCUCCUCCGCAGCGGCCGGCCCAGCCGCCACGGGCUUCGGCAUCCAGGCCAAGACCAAGGGCCCCACGGGAGGCGCUCAGGAGGGCGUCGCUGCGGCCAAGGUGGGCUCGGCGGGCGGCGGUGGGGCCGCCGGCGGCGGCGGCAUGCAGGCCGGGUGGGGGGCGCCCGGCAGCGGCCUCCUCGUGCAGAGGGCCGAGCACGUGCCCGAGGCCCUGCGCGCGCCCUUCUGCAACAAGUGCAACAACAUCAUCCGAGGCCCGUUUAUAGUUGCGCUGGGCCGAUCGUGGCACAAGGAUCACUUUAACUGCUGCCAUUGCAACUCGUGCCUGGCCGACACGGGCUUCGUGGUGGAGGCGGGCAAGGUGUACUGCCAGGGCUGCUACGGAAUGUUCUUUGCACCCCCGUGUGGCAAGUGCAGCCAGAAGAUCGUCGGGGAGAUCACGUACGCACUCAAGCAGGCCUGGCACUCCAACUGCUUCGUGUGCGCGUGCUGCAGCCAGCCCAUUGGCCAAGGCGUCUUCCACAUGGAGGAUGGAGAUCCCUACUGCGAGAAGGACUUCUUCAGGCUGUUCAGCACCAAGUGCGAGGGCUGCGACUUCCCCGUGGAGGCCGGCGACCGCUACGUGGAGGCCCUGGGCCACACGUGGCACGACACGUGCUUCGUGUGCACCGUGUGCCAGGUGAACCUGGAAGGGCAACCCUUUUACUCCAAGAAGAACAAGCCCCUCUGCAAGAAGCACGCCAACUCCAUCAACAUCUGAGCGACGCGUGGCCCGCCCGCACGAUGGCUGGGUUUUGGGGGAGGGGAGGGGGGGGCAGGAGCUGUGGGCAGGGGUAGUGGGCUUCUUAGGGGCAGCAGCUGUAGGAGUGGAAUCGGGGGGGGGGGGUGGAGGAGGCAGUUUUGGAUGGGGAAGGCAACAGGGCAGCACUGAGAGAGCGAGUGGAGAGAGAAUCACUGCCGAGGUUUCGUUUCCGCGGCCUCACCCCAUCUGGUGCGACGUCGUGCCGACGUUGUCUUACCGGGGUGGGUGGGGGGGAACCGUUUAUAUUCCGCCGCGUGGAGUGACAGCAUGACGACCCAGCUCGCUCCGCGACGCGCGGAGCGGAACGUUGGACCCGGCGAGGAAGAGGCCGCCGGAGAACGCCGCCACGGGGGAGGGGGGGGGGGGGCACCGUCCUCGGGGAGACGACCGCGGCAAUUGUCGAUCGCGGCAAUCGUCGAUCGCAUCCUGUAGCCCUUGUGACCUUCGUGGCCACGAUCCCCAUGGCCGUGGUGGGGGGAGGCGGGGGGGGUUAACCCGUGAUUGUGGGCUUAGAUGCUCUUUGUGGAACGGCCUCCUCAUCGUCCGACGACGACGACUCGUCUGUGGAGUCGGAAUAAAGAGCCACGUGGAUUCCUCCUCCACCGCCGCCGCCGCCACGAACGCUCGAACGCUUUUCUUUCUCGCUCGCGGUUUUCCCCCAAACGUGUUUUUGCUUUGCUUGCUGCGUGCGAACGACAGCGAUUUAUUCAUGUUUGCUCGUCGCCAUUAUCAGUUCGAGUUGAGUGAACGUCGAGGUUCGUUAGGAGGCAUUCGACUUGGCGCUGGAUAUUAUUAUUUUUUUGCUGCUGCUGCUCCUGCUGCUUUGUUUAGAUUCAUGGUCGGAGAUUUUCGAAAAGUGGUCGUUGAUAGCGAUAUGACAAUGUUGGCUGUGGGAGGGGGUGCUUGGUAUUGGUGCCAGAUGUUUGAAGGAUAAGCUCAUGAGAGUUUACUGAACCAGUUUUUUUUUCGUUUCGGUAUUAUUACAUCUUGUCACACACGGCGUUCAAACCUCGCCCGUGUACGUUAUACCAGCGCAGAGAAAUGCAACGUUCGGUUUGAACUAUCGCUAAGAAACUGGCGCCCAAAGGUGGAGAAAAAGAACGUGCAGAAAGUUGCGAUGGUGCGGUGGGUGCUGAUAAGCGAGCUGAGCCAGUUGCAUGAAAACAUGAGAAGCGAGAUCAUUGGACAAGGCGACCGUCGCGUUUUAGAUUAAAACGCUUAAUUCUAGAUUUGAAGCUUUCGUGACUGCAAGGAUUCAUAUUGUUAGGUUUUUUCGGUAAAGUCACGUAGUUAAAAAAUUAAAAUUAAUAAAAGUUAAAUAAAAAUAAAAUAAAAAUCACGACGUUUCAGAGGCAACACAAGCCUCCGUCUUCAGGUGGAACCGUCACAGCACGCUUGCUGUAUCAAGUAGGAGAAAUUCCAAGAAAACAGUCCUUGUAUAUAUACUGGUUGAGGGUGGGAGGAGCCAAGGUAGGCCUUGGAUAUUAUUGUGAGGUUCGGUGCGGCUGAAGCACGCUGUUACCUACGUGACUUUACCGAAAAAACUUAAGAAUACUAAAACGCUUCUUGACUACGCGUGGGCCCUUUGGCGGCGUUCGUGCUGAUCGGCCCUUUCCUCUUUGUGACCGCGUGCCGCUGUUUGGGUGAGGAACGUGGAGAGGGGGGGGCUCCCACGUGACCUUCCCCCCCCCCCCACUUCCUCCCGUACGCGGAGAAGCUUCUUCGGGGUCGCGAUGAACGGCGGUGACGGAGGCACGCGUCAUCUUCUGCUCGGGAGAUGUUUUGUGUUUAGUCACCUACGCUCGGCUUUUUACGUUUGCUGCUGUUAUUUUUUUUUAUUAUCGAUGAAGAUUUUCUCCCCCCCCCCCCAUCCAUCCCGUGAUUCUUUAAAGACCGCACGCUCACAUGCCGUGAGUUCCGUAUAGCGUUGCAAAAAAAGUAAUAUUCGAACACGGUGUUACUGGAUACCGAGGACUGUAUGUUUAUUGUUAAUGGUUUGGCUGAGGGUUGGUGGUGGUGUUUUUUUGUUUCGCUUCUUCCAUUUUCUCUCCUCUGUCCCCUUGUCGGGUUUGCUUUUAAUUUUAUUUUCCUUCUGCCGUGGCCGCGUGGUGUGAAGGGCGUGACGGCAAGCGGUGGAUUGUACGACUAAUCGAUGAGCCAGUCGAGUUAAGGAAUUCAGAAGAGACUUUUCAUCGAAUGGAUUUUUAUUAUUAAUAUUCUUUAUUUUGUUGGUUCACGUCUCAAAACCGCCCAUCUUUGUGAGAAUUCUUGUUUUUGGUUUUUGCGGGGCAUUUAUUGACGAGACUUUGAGAAAGACGUCACUCACCGGGUUUUUUCUAUGUUGUUUCUCUUCGUCUCGGUCUGAAGAUUUGGCUUCAAGGGAGGGAGGGAGGGGGGUAGAAUAAAAAAUAUAAACGGCAGUACUUACAAAAAAAGAUUUUUCUCUGCUUAAUUUAGACUCUGAAUGUGCGAAUUGGCCAUGGGGUUUGUCGCAGUUCUCCCAAAAUUUGCGCGGAGUUCGGGAAUUGUGGGGGUGUGUUGGUGCCGUGUUGGAUUUCCGAAGCAACGAUAGAUUCCUUAAACCAGGGCUUACGUCUAAAUAAAAACAUCUAAUCGUAAGUUCCUUUUUGGCUAUUCGAACCAUUCUCACUCGCGCAAGUCUAUGACGGAGGGCAGCAGCUGUGUUCCACAGGCAUAGUCACAGACAGUCUGUGUUCCAGACAGUCACAGGCAUAGUCACAGACAGUCUGUGUUCCAGACAGUCACAGGCAUAGUCACAGACAGUAUGUGUUCCAGACAGUCACAGGCAUAGUCACAGACAGUCUGUGUUCCAGACAGUCACAGGCAUAGUCACAGACAGUACGUGUUCCAGACAGUCACAGGCAUAGUCACAGACAGUCUGUGUUCCAGACAGUCACAGGCAUAGUCACAGACAGUACGUGUUCCAGACAGUCAGAGGCACAGUCACAGACAGUACGUGUUCCAGACAGUCACAGGCAUAGUCACAGACAGUAUGUUCCAGACAGUCACAGACAUAGUCACAGACAGUAUGUUCCAGACAGUCACAGGCAUAGUCACAGACAGUACGUGUUCCAGACAGUCAGAGGCACAGUCACAGACAGUACGUGUUCCAGAGUCACAGGCAUAGUCACAGACAGUAUGUUCCAGACAGUCACAGACAUAGUCACAGAGAGUAUGUUCCAGACAGUCACAGGCGUAGUCACAGACAGUACGUGUUCCAGACAGUCACAGGCAUAGUCACAGACAGUACGUGUUCCAGACAGUCAGAGGCAUAGUCACAGACAGUCUGUGUUCCAGACAGUCACAGGCAUAGUUACAGACAGUACGUGUUCCAGACAGUCACAGGCAUAGUCACAGACAGUCUGUGUUCCAGACAGUCACAGGCAUAGUCACAGACAGUAUGUGUUCCAGACAGUCACAGGCAUAGUCACAGACAAUAUGUGUUCCAGACAGUCACAGGCAUAGUCACAGACAGUAUGUGUUCCAGACAGUCACAGGCGUAGUCACAGACAGUAUGUGUUCCAGACAGUCACAGACGUAGUCACAGACAGUAUGUAUUCCAGACAGUCACAGGCGUAGUCACAGACAGUAUGUGUUCCAGACAGUCACAGGCGUAGUCACAGACAGUACGUGUUCCAGACAGUCACAGACGUAGUCACAGACAGUAUGUGUUCCAGACAGUCACAGGCAUAGUCACAGACAGUCUGUGUUCCAGACAGUCACAGACAUAGUCACAGACGCAGUCACAGACGCAGUCUGCGGAAGCUUCUCACUCGGGAGUAAAUGUUGCUGUGGCUUAACUACCUUAAAGAGUUUUCUUUUUGAAGCACAAGAUUUUAGAGUUGGUGAAAAGCCUCCGCACGUGGCUAUUACGCCGUGAGCGUGUGUUGGUGUUAAGGGUUCACGGUACAGCCCCUUGCGAUUGUCCUCUGUGCCAGAAUGGCCUCCUCCAGAGUGAGCUCCAGUGAGGGGGAGGGUGUAUUUGGCCUACUCCUCCACGCUAGUCAAGCAUCUUGGGAGCAGGUGUCAGUACCCACACUUAACCCCACCAGACACAACCUUGCCAGUCAACUAACUGCGGUGGUACCUAUUUAUACUGCUCUUGUUGCUCUAUAGCGGGGUUUAUUUGUUGUUUUAUAUAUUGUAGUCUCUUCCAGAGGUGGGACAAAGUCAUUUAUAUGCAAGUCCAAGUCGAGUCUGAAGUCAUCAAAUUCAUGACUCGAGUCUGACUCGAGUCCAAGUCACAUGAUUCGAGUCCACACCUCUGGUCUCUUCCGUACCGCGCCCAGCAGCGUUGAGAACGGCAUCGGUCCGAUCCAUUGCCGAUUAAACCCUCUCUGAUGGAAAAAAACACAAUCGAGAGCCUUACUCGAGCCCAGCGUUCUUCACUAAUUUUCAGAGUGGGGAGCGGGGGGCACUUUGGCCGAUAAGACAUCAUCAGUGCGAGGGCCGCCCACACAUCUGAAACCAUUGCGGGUUUGACAGCAACACGAUGAUGAUGGGGGGCGGGGGGGGCGGUGUUCUCAACAUUUGUGAAUUGUCAGGGGCCGCACUAAAGGGCCACCAGAGGCCGCCAGUGACCCGUGGGCCUUGUAAUAAAGAACAUUGCUCCGGAGAGCCAAAGAGUUUUUCUGCGCGUUGCAUUUCACGUUGGCUACGGCACUUGCGGCGAGAUUCUCUUAACCAGACACCGCUUCGUUUGCGUCGGCUGCAAUCGCAAACGUGCAGAGAAUGAGCGUGGCGGGGUUCCCAACGGCCGGGCGUCGAGACGCGUUUCUUAUUUGUCCUUUCUUUCUCCGAUUCGUAGCGAGCGGAGUGAUCUUUAACGAAGCAAAAAAAAUCAACGAAGAAUAAUUAUCGAGCUUGCAGGCUUUUGUGUUUUUUAGCGUCCAAUUCGAAGUUGGCACGCCUUAAUGGUUCUUUCGGUAAAGUCACGUAGGUAUAGAUUAAAAUGAAUUAAAUCACGACGUUUCGGGCGCAACACAAGCGUCCGUCUGGUGAAGAGAAUCUCGCCUCAAGUGCGUUGAUGACGGACGCUUGCUUGUGUUGCGCCCGAAACGUCGUGAUUUACAUUUAUUUAAUUUUAUACCUACGUGACUUUACCGAAAGAACCAAAGAGUUUGGCACGCCUUAUGGAAUACGAGCACCAUCGCAGGCACAGCCAUCAAGAAAUUCACUUUUAUUCUCGCUCGUCAGCCGUGAACAGGGUUUCCCUUUCAGCUGGCUCUGCCCGGAAUGGCAUUCCAGAAAUAUAUUCCCCGGACCCGGCGCACCACGUCCAGUAUCACGCCUCUCGCUAUGACUGCAGCUGCGACCGGUUCAUGCGCCGCGACCUACUCCCGUCUGCCGGCGGUCCGGAAAAUAUUGGGCGAGAAAUUCACGGCGCCGUCGAUUUACGAACAACUGGGCACUCGGUGGCCAAAGAGUCUCGGCUGGCAUUGACGCCCGCUGCGUGUUUUGCUAUGUUACAUGCGUAUUGGUUUCAAUAAAGCCAGAACUGAACUCAUCA